AAGUCCUAUCACAGGGUGGGAGGGGAGGCAGGGAGUCUGUGAAAGGCUGGGAAGAAAGGCCAGUGCCUGAACGGCAGCACCACUCAAAGCCGGGCCGCCAUGGAUGUCCUCGUCCGACUGCUGCAGCUGCUGGUGCUGCUCCUGACCCUGCCCCUGCACCUGAUGGCUCUGCUGGGCUACUGGCAGCCCCUGUGCAAAAGCUGCUUCCCCUACCUGAUGGCCAUGCUAACCGACAAGGCCAACCGCAAAACGGAGAGCAAGAAGCAGGCACUCUUUGGCCAGAUAAAGGAACUUACAGGAGCCUCUGGGACGGUGGCCCUGCUGGAGCUGGGCUGCGGCACUGGUGCCAACUUCCAGUUCUACCCACCUGGCUGCAAGGUGACCUGCCUGGACCCAAACCCCCACUUUGAGAAGUUCUUGAAAAAGAGCACGGCUUAGAACAGGCACCUCCAAUAUGAGCGGUUUGUGGUGGCUUCCGGAGAGGACAUGAGACAACUGGCCGACAGCUCCAUGGAUGUGGUGGUCUGCACCCUGGUGCUGUGUUCUGUGCAGAGCCCGAGGAGGGUCCUGCAGGAGGUGCAGAGAGUGCUGAGGCCGAAAGGCGUGUUGUUUUUCUGGGAGCAUGUGGCUGAGCCACGCAGAAGCUGGGCCUUCAGGUGGCAGCAAGUUUUAGAACCCACCUGGAAACACAUUGGGGACGGCUGCUGCCUCACCAGGGAGACCUGGAAGGAUCUGGAGGGCGCCCAGUUCUCUGAACUCCAAAUGGAAUGACAACCCCCCUUCAAGUGGUUACCUGUUGGGCCCCACAUCAUGGGAAAGGCUGUGAAAUAACCCUUCCCCAAGCCCCCCAGGCUAUCAUUCGCUCCCUCCCCUGCUUCCAGUCAGAACAACCCCACCCACCAGCCAUGUGACGACGGAUCUAGGCAGAGAGAAGCCAUUUGCCCCACCACCCCUCCUUCUCUUCUCCCUCUCUUUCCGCAGUGAAAAAUAAAAAGACCUAUUGCUACCCUGACCAGAGAGAGAGAACAGCCAUCCCCCAUCAUAUCCUUAACUGCAAACUUCUGGAAUGGCUCUCCCAACUCUU